AUGCUAGGAGACCGUGCCAAGACUUCAAUGGCCGCGACAAACAUGCCAAGCCCAUCUUGUCAAACUCCAACUGCGGAUCUCGACCUCAUGCUUGUCUUUGUGUCGACAACUUCAUCAAUUCGGUGUCAUCCAGAAGCUCUGCUGUACAGCACCACCCCAGACAGGAGGAGACAAGAUGGUCUUCAUCCUGGGAGUCAACUUUCCCGAACACCGAUUUGUCGGUCCCUCGAAUCUUUUUUCGGCAUCGGACCCGCGACGCGAGCGCGGAUUAUGUCGCGACUACAUCUACACCACACCAUGAAGGUCGGCGAAUUAUCACAGACACAAUCCCUGGACUUGACGGCCCAUCUGGACAGUUUGAAACUCGAAAACGCCCUGCGCCGCCAGAUUCAGCAGGAUAUCACCCGCCUCAGAGAGACCGGCACAUACAGAGGAAGGAGACAUGCCAUGAACUUGCCUGUCCGCGGCCAGAAUACCAGAAGUCAGAUCAAGAAUGCUCAACGGUUGAAUCGGGCUGAGAGAUAUCACUGA